GUGGACACAUAUUUGGGUAUUCCAUACGCGGAGCCACCGGUCGGUGACCUCCGCUUCCGAAGACCAGUGCCGGCGAAGAAGUGGACCAAACCUUUAAUCGGCAUUACUUUUACAAAUAAUGUCAGCGAAGAUUGUCUAUAUCUCAACGUAUUCUCGCCUAACCUUAAAAAUCGGGGCCCAGAGCUGAGGCCAGUGUUGGUGGUGUUUCACGGCGGGGCCUUCAUCCUCGACUCUUCCAGUAGUGUGUUUUAUAAUCCAUACGUGUUGUCCACCAGAGGGGAUGUCAUUAUUGUUUCGUUAAAUUACAGGUUGGGUGCGGUGGCGAUGCUAUACUCGGGAACAGAUGAAGCGCCUGGAAAUCAACUCUUCUGGGACUCGACAUUAGCCCUGUUAUGGGUGCAGCAAAAUAUUGCACAGUUUGGCGGCGAUCCCAAUAGAGUGACAAUAUUAGGUGUGAGCGCCGGCAGCGCUAUAGUUAGUGGACUCAUAUUAUCGCCAAUGGGUAGGCAUUUGUUUCAAAACGCUGUAAUGAUGUCCGGAUCCAUAGUGAUGAACGGCGCGGUCGCACCGCCGGAGCAGUCGAUGCCAUUUUGGUUAAAACUAUCGCAACAAAUGGGUUGCGCGACCGGAAGUGACGCCACGUUUACGCCAGUGAUUAUGGAUUGUAUGCGAAAAGUGCCGAUCGAUAGGUUGACAGCAUUACCAUUCGGUCCACUCAUCCCAUCACACAAUAAGAUAGACUUCGCGCCACUCUUUGUGGUCGACGGCCUAUUCUUCCCAAAAACACCGCAUAAAAUGCUAGAAAGCGGUGAAUUCAAGAAAGAGCUCAACUUAAUGAUAGGUACGGCUCAAGACGAGGGCUCUAUGUUAUUGUUUAUGUUUGUCGAUCCGAUCACUUAUAGUAUGAUCGCUCCCAAGAGCUUCACUUUUAAAGAGGCUUAUCAU